CUCGUCCUCUGACAUCUUCCUAAAGCCUUGUAACAUCCGCUGUCCUCCUCUACUGCCUCCUAUCAUAGGCUUUUUGUUCUUUAUUAUCAAUCUCUUCUCUUCUUCAACCCAAUCAAUCUUGCUUAUUAUUCGACUCCUGACCUUAACCCGACACCGGUAGUACGAACACUUGACCUACGAAUCCACAAUUCAUUCAUUCAUUCCAUUCGCCAUGAGUCCUCGACCAAUGAAGAACGCCGUUUUUGCCGGGCUCUCAGCUGCUAUGCUCUGGUCCGUUCAAAUCCUACCAUAUACCGAAUCGCGAUAUUGCUCCAUCCUAAAUGUCAACGGGGGUAAUGGUGUCACUGGACACGGCUUCGGUAUUGAUGCUUCUGGUCGCGUUCCACGAACUGGUACUUCAGGAGACGCGGGUGCCGACGCUACCGCUUUCACUCCUGGCGACAAUCCUAAUCCCGUUUGCGGAUCAGUAGCCAAGCUUCAUGGCGCUGUGAACAUUGCCGACCAGACUGCAAAAUCGAUCGCCGCCGGCGUGCCAACCGUGCUUUCCAACGGCUCCAUUCCCUUGGACUUUUUCCAAGUUGACCGUAACGGAGGUGGGCCAGCGGCUUGCGAAUACAGCGCUGAUGGCACCGGCCAUUCUUUCGAACCGAUGGAUGUGACUCUCAACUUACCUGGAAACUUUGGUGCCUUCCCUGCAGACCGAAAAACCUGGAGGGUGGUGGCCACUUUCAAGGAGGGCUCACGAUGCUCAGGCGGUCCGGACAAAAACAUAUGUCUUGUUCGAUGUCGGGCCGGUCAAACCUCCGAAACGGCACAGAAAAUCUGUGGAGGUUGUUUCAUUGUCAAACUAGACGGUACCGUAGCCAAGAAAGGCUCCAGCGGGAGCUCCAGCGGAUCAGACUCAUCUGGAUACACUUUGACUUCUCAGCAGAUGGAUUCCUUGAUUUCGGUGUCGGUUAAGCUUGCCAAGAAGAAUAAUCUUGUUGCUCCUAAGCACACCAAGCGUGCUCAUCAUCAAUAGGGCUCUCUUUCGAUUCCCUAGUUUUACCUUGAAUCAACAUUCAGCGCAUGAUAGAAACACAAUACAAACCAGUCUUAUCUUGUUUUUAUGCUUUUCCUAUCAUGUCCCUUCUUCGCAAUUUGUCUACGUGCCUCCACACAUCGUUCCAAUUCACCUCUUAUUUCCAUUUGCCUAUCAUGGUGGUCCGUGGCCAAUCAUAAUUUCUACAAUUUUACUAUCACGAACUUGCUCUCUUUUAUGUUCUACUUGAUAGCUAUAAUUGCAUUUGUUGAACCUGUUUUACAAAUCAAUAUAGCUAGGCCGAAAGUUAACCCAACGGUCGCCUUUGCAGCAUGUAAGACCAUUGCGCUAUCGAG